GAUGUUACUGUGGGCCUGGAUUAUUCUGGACUCGGGGGGGUAUUCAGUCUCACUGCUAGAAAUCACUGAUGAGAAGUUUAUUGAUGAAUGUGUGAAGGAACAUAACUGGGCACGAUCAUCUGUCAAGCCACCUUCAAGUGACAUGCUGUACAUGACAUGGGAUGAAGGCUUGGCCAUUACUUCGAGAGCAUGGGCAAGACACUGUGUGUUUGAACACAACAUCUACCUCAAAGAGGUCCGCCGCGUGCACCCUACCUUCCCUUCAGUAGGAGAGAACAUAUGGGUAGGCUCCCCACCAUCAUCAUUUAACGUGAAGAAGGCCAUAAAAAGUUGGGUGGAUGAAAAACAACACUAUGACUACUACAGCAAGACAUGUAACAAAGUCUGUGGCCACUACACACAGGUUGUGUGGGCAAGCAGCUACAAAGUUGGGUGUGCCGCUCAACUGUGCAAAAAUGGUGUCAGGAACUUUCAUGAUGGAGAGAGCGUUAUUUUUGUAUGCAACUAUGCUAGAGCGGGUAAUGUGAACGGAAGGCGACCAUAUGAAACUCAGGGGGCAGCCUGCUCUGGAUGUAACGACACCUGUGAGGAGAAUCUCUGCCGUAACCAAGAACGAGAUACACAGAAAAGCUACAACUGGACCCCAGACUGGGAUCCAGUUACUGGGAGCCCGGCUACUUCAGACUCCAACUACGUGUCUAUUCUGGUCGCCCGUCCCGUCGGCAUAAUCUUCACCUUCAUCACAGCAUAUGCAGUCCACCACUUUUACCCCGAUGUCUUCUGUUAUGAAUAGACUGUGGUGACCUGAAGGACAUGGACUUAUUCAGUCAGUAUUUUGAUAAAGAUUCAAGUUUAAUUCAACCUUUUUUUUUUUUUUGUCUAUAGACAGCUUUCAGGUCCCAGCAGAGCCGUACAUAAACUGUGAAAAAGUACCCACAUCCUACCCACCACCUUGUUUGUAAAGCCACAAGUGACACAGCAGUUUUAAACCAUCAGACACAUGGUGAGAGAAAACUCAAGGGAACAAAAUGUCCACUGUGAUAGUUCAUUUUACUGCCGUGGCGCACAAGUUAAAGCUGUACAAGUCAUUUUUUAUAUAUAUAUAUAAAUUAAAAUCAAAGUCAAAUUUCAAACAUUAAAUGUAAAAGCAGUUACUCAUGGUGAUGAACCCACAACUCUGCAGUUUCCCCUAGCUCUACGGAGCAUUUAGCACAUUUCAGCAAAUUGUUUUGGUUUUAUGGCUGACAGUGUUACGGUUCUGGUUCAGUCAGGAUUUUACAAAUGUUUAUAAAAACUACAUACCUAAAUGAAACACUGACGUAGGUAUUCAGACUCAUUAUACAGUACUUAAUUAAAGCACCUUUAGUGGCAAUUACAGCCUUGAGUCUUCUUGGGUAUGAUGUGACAAGUUGUAGGGUGUCCCUCUUAUCCCAAAUGAGUGUCUAAGGAUAAAGGGAGCCUAAAGCUUUAAAGUGUGACGAAAUUAUAGGGCUAUAAAGACAUAAUUGCCGUGACUAGCCUUCCCCAGAUCUUUGCUUCAACACAAACCUGCCUCUGAGGGCUGGAGGCCGUUCCUCUGACCUCAUGGCUUGGCUUUGGCUCUGAUAUGCAUCGUCAGCUGUGGAACCUUAUAUAGUGUCUUUCCAAUCCAUAUAUCAAUUGAAUUUACCACACCACAGGUGGACUUCCAUUCAAGUCAAAGAUACAUCUCAAAAGAUGAUCAAAAUAAAUGGAAUUUUGCUCAGGUGCCUCCCAAGUACCAUAGCUAAGACUGGGGAACGUUUAAAAUUUUAUGAUACGAGUACCAAAACCAGCACCCUUAAAUGAUGCAGAUGGCAAUAGACUACUUCAUUUGAUAUCUUGCGUAAAAUGCCACCUGGUGAAGCCAUAGUAGUUGAUUUGUAUUAUUUUUAUCGUUGUUAUGGACAAGCAGUGUG